GGCUUUUCGUCCUCCACUCCUAUCCAAAAAAUCAUUCUGGAGAGAAACAUAAAGCCCAGCGGCGACUAGUCAGCCACCCCAAGAUGGACUCAACGAAAGCUUUGAGAGAUUGGUAUACAGAGCGGUCAGGCUUACGAGUUGACCUCGUCGGAGACUUUGCCGGCAAGGAGCUUUUUGCCAUCCAUGGCGAGGUUCUCAUGGCACACUGUAUCUCGCAAGCAAAAGUCAACUAUCAGGAAGGGUUCCAACUUCUUCACGCUGUUUAUGCCGUCGAGAAGUUCUUGAAUGAACUGGACCAGCGUCACUGUCACUUCCAGGUGAUUUGGCUGGAGAGCCACGAGAGACUCUGCAUUCCUCCAGGAACUCCCGAAGAGCAUCACAUCAAAUAUCUAUUGACGCGCAGGAUCUUGAUCGAGCAUCUUAAUCGCGGCCUUGAUGCCCAGCGCCCUCGUUGCUCCUAUGUCUUUGAUAGCUUGGACGACCAACGUUUCAUCAACCACCUUAAGAGCAGCCCGAUACUGUUUUUUCUCUGCUCUGAUGGUCGCCAGAAUCUGACAGCGCCUGAGCCCACGGCGCCUCAAAACAUCAGCAUGUGCCUGUUUCUCAUCUAUAAUCUUAACCUCCGAGGCUACAGCAUCGCCCUUAUUGAUGAUGCUGAGAUUAGUAAUGCGAAAGUGGCUGCCACCGUCUUUACGCCGACCCACGAUAACGCCAUCCCUUUCGCUGAUCAACUAUUUCCCGAGGAAGAUGUCGGAACCAAACCCGAUACAAAAAUCGUAGGAGAGGUGGCCUACCAGCUUCUCCUCAAGACCGAUGACUGGGCCUCCUGGGAUGACGGCACUUCUUUGACUGCGCGGCAGGCUCUCCUCGUUGCUGCUCUUUCUGAAUCGGCCCAGACAAACCCUGAUCAGCUUCUUAUCGCAUGCGUUCUGGCUCACAUGGGCCUGCUCAUGGAUCAUAGCCUUGUCCAACGAGCAAGUAACCGGCAGCAACACACCGAGUCCCAGGCGUCCGUUUUCUUGAAGAGGCUGCUAGAAAUCUCUACCCACCUCAUAAAGAAGUCAGCUGCAUCUGACGAGAAGCCCUUUCUUUCGAAGCUUGAGUGGGAUGCUUUUGAUUUGUUUGACGGAAUGUUGUUUUAUUCCGUUAUUGGCAAUACCAAAGGCAUCUCACUGAGUCAAAGCACGACGUCGACUGUCAUGGGGCUCUCAAAAAAGAUCAACACGCUUUCAGGCUUGGAUUGCUCGUCAGCACUGAAGUAUUUGCUUUCUGAGCCACAGGAUUUGCCUGAUCCUUCCGUAUUAGGCAAGGAGAAAGAUUGUGCGAAGACUGUCGCUAUGCACCCAGUGAUGAAAUUUGCGCACCCGGCCUUUGACAAGUAUUUCGAGGACGUCAAGGUUGACGUGAACUUGAUUGCCGAGCGACCAAUCGCAUCUAAAAUCUUCCAAGAGGCCACACAUUGGCACAAUUCCAAAAAGAAGCUCUCUAUGAAGCAGAAACCCAAGCUCCUGGACAAAUGGGCUUUGAAGCGUAAUCAGCGCUUCACGACGGCCACGAAGAAGUACGCUGACAGUCUUACUACUGGUACGCCGGAGAACAUUCUCGUGAUGGACAAGUCAGCCUCGUCUACUCCUGCGCCAGGCUGGAAGGAGGAGCUAAGGCAGAAGUCGAGCGAUACUGCCAAAAGGUUAGCAAUGAAAAAGGACACCAGAGGCAAAGUUGCUCGAGGAGGCAUUUUAACUGCAGCCGCUGCCCCAACUCCCAAGCAAGGAGCACCGGGAGCUGCUGAAAGACUGUGGGCAACCAAGAAGAAGGAGUUGCAAAAGAUGACUGAUUUUAGAAACCAGCUGGUUGCAGCAAAUGAUUAUGAAUCGGGAAUUAUGUUUGGCAAAGACCUUGUCGGUGCCGAAAUCUCGCUUUAUAUCUGCAAGCUACUGGUGGCUAUCUUCGACAAAGAAGUAAAGACAGGGAAAGGCAAGGGUUUGGCUGCCAUUGUGGAAGUGUUCUGGACAAGAGUAAUCGAGCUCAAGACCAAACGCCUAGCUGAGGAGUCUACUGCUGAGCUCAACAAGCUAGCCACUGCACUCCAAACGUCAACGGAGCGAGCUCGAUCUCAAGGCCUUUACCAUGGGGCCACUUCUAUUGAGCACCAGCUUGAGUUCUAUGGGCCCGACAUGGAGCGCGGCUUUGAUCCUAAAUUUGACCCUCGUGUUUCUUCGUUCAAUCCAGAUGCUUGGCAACGCAAGGUUCUUGAUGCCAUCGACGCCAAAAAGAGUCUCUGUGUCAUUGCCCCGACCUCUGCGGGCAAAACCUUCAUCUCAUUCUACGCCAUGAAGAAGGUGAUGCAGUCCAGCGACAACGACGUCCUAGUAUACGUUGCACCCACAAAGGCUCUGGUCAACCAGAUUGCGGCCGAAGUACAGGGUCGCUUCAAGAAAAAGUUCAGGUAUGAAGAGAGCCGAAGCGUUUGGGCUAUCCACACCCGAGACUACCGUGUCAACAACCCAACAGGAUGCCAAAUACUUGUGACAGUGCCGCACAUUCUGCAGAUAAUGCUGCUCUCGCCUCCCAAUGUAGAAAAGGCAAACUCUUGGGCCCAUAGAAUCAAGCGCAUCAUCUUUGACGAGGUCCACUGCAUAGGGCAGGCACAAGAAGGUGUUGUUUGGGAGCAACUGCUUUUGUUGGCGCCCUGCCCUAUCAUUGCCCUCUCCGCCACUGUUGGAAACCCGCAGGAGUUUGUUGCAUGGCUGAGCGAGUCCCAGAAGACCAAAGGACACGAUCUGGAGUUAGUGGAGCACAAAGCACGCUACUCUGACCUACGCAAGUACAUCUACAGACCGCCAUGCAAGUCUCAAGACAAAUUUGAUGGCUUCCCGCCUCGUGAUCAAGCAAAAAGGGUAGUCCACGGAUUGGACGAGCAGGGAAAGAGCCCGUUCUCUUUCGUGCACCCCAUUGGGAGCAUUGUUGAUCGAAACCGAGGGACGCUGGACGAUAUUAGCUUGGAGGCCCGAGAUUGUUUGAAGCUGUGGCUCAGCAUGAGAAAGCACCAGACUGAAGCCUUUCCAGUUGCAGACAAACUGGACCCUUCACAAGCUCUGCCCGCCAUCGUCAAGAAAGCCGAUAUUCUCUGCUGGGAAGAAGACCUCAAAGCAUGUCUGUUGCCUUGGAUGAUGGACCCAGAAUCUCCUUUUGAGUCAGUUCGGGGCGAUCUCCGAUUUUGUAACAAUGGAGAUAUGCAGACGCGUAACAAACGCAAAGGAGAGCAAUUAUCCCCAGAACACUUUCAGUUGCUUUUGGACCUUCACCAACGGCAAGGUUUACCGGCUAUAAUCUUCAACUACGACCGUAUGAAGUGCGAGAGCAUUAUGAAGUCUGUCAUUUCAGAGCUAAAGCGUCAUGAACUGGAAUGGAAGAAGACAAGUAAAGAAUGGCAAAAGACCAUAAAAGACUACGAGAAAUGGGUCAAGGCACAAGAAAAGAUUAAGGAGACCAAGCAAGGAAGAAAGCAGGAUAAGAAUGGUCUGGAAGAAGGUAUGUCCAAGAUGGAUUUCGUGCGUGAGGAGGGUCAAGAGGAGGUGAGCAAUUGGCAGUCCUUUGAUCCCCAGGCGCCGCUUGCCAAAUUCUCAUUCUCCGACUCGAGGAAAUGUCAGCGUGAAGACCUUGAAGAGCUUAUUCGCUCACUAAAUUGGGUCAACUUGGACCCAGUCUUCAUUGAGGCGUUGCGUCGGGGUGUCGGCGUACAUCACGCCGGCAUGAACAGAAAAUAUCGUCAAGUCGUUGAAAUGCUUUGCCGCCGCGGUUUCUUGACCGUGGUCAUUGCCACUGGCACGCUUGCGUUGGGAAUCAACGUCCCCUGCAAAACUGUUGUGUUCUCAGAGGACUCUGUGUUUCUUUCUGCUUUGAACUACCGGCAGGCAUCCGGCCGAGCAGGCCGUCGUGGCUUUGAUCUGCUUGGCAAUGUCGUCUUCAAUAUUCCUACCCACAGGUCAUUUGAGAUCAUGUCUUCCCGGCUCCCAGACCUUCGAGGACAGUUUCCAGUAUCAACUACCAUUGUUCUGAGGACUCUGUCGCUUUGCAGCCAUACCCAGAACAAUGAGUUUUCAAUCCAAGCGGCACAAUCUCUUCUUUCUCAGAACUUGCUGUAUCUGGGCGGCCCUGCUGGAGAGCUUGCAGUAAAGCAUCAUCUUCGCUUCUCCAUUGAGUAUCUCCGAAAGCAGCACCUUCUUUCGGAUUCUGGCGCACCGCUAAACUUUGCAGGUCUCAUCACUCAUCUCUAUUUCACCGAGAACUCGGCCUUUGCCUUUCAUUCACUACUGAAGGGUGGAUACUUCCACAGGCUUUGCGGGGAAGUAUACACUAGGCCGAGUGCAGUGGUGCGUGAGCUAAUGCUCGUACUGUCGCAUUUGUUCUGUCGCCAGCCUGUCACUCGCAUUGGUGAUACGGAGUGGCUACAGGGCGUUAAAGAAUCCUCUUCUUCUAUCGUCGUCCUCCCCGACCUCCCGCCCAAGGCCCUGGAUCUGUUGCGUGAGCACAACUGGGAGACAUUGGCCAUCUUCAAAAACUAUGUGCAGACAUAUGUUUGUCAAAAUCUAGCUGAUAGCCCCGACGAUGAGCUGCCGUUCUCCAAGUAUCCUGCUGGAUCGCAAGGCAGUGGUAGUCAUGUGUCUCAGACAAGAAAAGCUCCCGAGAUCCGAUCGCCAUUUGCAGCAUUGUCCGGCUUUACCGAUUCGUUUAAUUCCAUCCAGGAACUUUGUCAGACUGUACGCGAGGGGGUAUUUCUCGAGGAGUCGGCCGUACCCUACAUCAAGAUUUAUCCUGACGACACAGACGGUGUGCCCUGGAAUGCUUAUCUGUAUGACUUUUUCAUGCAUGGCGAUCUCAAAGCCCUGGUGACGGGCAACGGCAUCAAAGAAGGCGAUGUGUGGUUUCGCCUCAAAGAUUUCUCUCUGAUUCUGGCUACGAUCAUUACAAGUCUGGACAACUUCCUCGACCCCAAAGCGGGAUAUCCCGACAUGACGGACGUACAGGACGUCCAGGACGUGAUUGACAGGGUGGCUGAGGACCAGGGAGCUGUUGAGAGUGACAAUAUUCAGCCAGCCGACAUCCCGAUGCCAUUGGGGGAGCUCACGAACAACAAGAAGACCAAGAGGAAGAAGGUGGCAGAAGCUUGGGAUGAUGAUGAAGAUGAAGAUGAAAACAAGUCUGCCGAUGGCUACGCUGCGGUGAAUGGAAGCGACCGACGAACAGGCGUUCACAAUUCGGAUAGCGAGACCGAGGUUGGUUGGGACGAUGUGCCUGCCUGGCAGGAGCAGGACGAAGCCAACUUGAGAAAUAUCCUCAAGGCUUUUAAGCUUCUACAAGUGGAGUUUGAUGAGAAAUUCAGGAAGAUCUGGGCUUGA